GGUGUGCGUGGUGACGUGUGAGGCGGGAGUCCGCAGCCAUGGCGGAGGAGUGGGAGCCGGUCCCUGAGGAGGAGGAGGAGGCCGAGGAGAUCCUGACCCCGGCGCAGCUCAUCCACAGGCUGGAGGAGGCUUGGCUGAAUGAGAAGUUUUCUCCUGACCUUCUCGAAUGUAAAUCUGAAAUUGUGGAAUGUGUCAUGGAGCAACUGGAUCAUAUGGAAAAGAAUCUGCAGCGAGCCAAGAAGGGAGACCUGAAAAUCACUGUUCACAGGAUGGAAAUGGAGAGGAUUCGUUACGUCCUCAGCAGCUAUUUGAGGUCUCGAUUACAAAAGAUUGAGAAGUUUUUCCCCCACAUCUUGGAGAAGGAGAAGUCCCGUCUUGAGACAGAGCCUUCCUAUUUAUCAGCACAAGAAGUUGCUUUUGCAAAAGAAUAUGCAACAAAUUGUGAAGCGCAUCUGAAGAACCUUGCCUUGAAACGCAUGCCUCCUAAUCUGCAAGCUCUGGAUAUGUUGAAAGCUGUGCCCAAACCCAACCUGGAUUCUUUUGUUUUUCUGAGAGUGAAGGAGAAGCAGGAGAACGUACUGGUGGAGCCUGAGACAGAUGAUCAGAGAGAAUACACUGUUGAUUUGGAGGAAGGAUCGCAACACUUGAUGCGGUACAGAACAAUUGCUCCUCUUGUUGCCAGUGGUGCUGUGCAGCUGAUAUAAAUGGGAAUAUGGAGAGAUGUUGAAAUCAGUCUGAGCAGUGUGAAGCAGUUGUCCUAGCAAGAGGUCACGGAAAAACUUUGUGGUUCCAAUACUCGUCUCCCAUUACGGUAUGAGUAUCGCUGUAAACAGAAGAAAGUGAAUGAAUUCUGGGAAUUGAGUCAUCGUGCUACGUGAAGAGAAGCAAGAAGCCUGAGUCACUUCCCCUGCACUCGGCCUGACUUUGAAAAGGACCCACUUCCUUUCCACCUUUUCCCAUCCCCACACCCCCCUCAUCCACAGAAUGUUCACCAUCUUUUCCAGCCCUUUCACAUAUUGUGUUACAGAGUUAACGUGUUCUAGUUUUUGUUGCCCAUCAUCUCUGCUCACCAGCUGAAACUGCUGAUGUUUCUGGGGGGGUAAGGCUUCAGCUGUCUGGCAGGAUGUCAAGCAUGUGUGUCCCAGUUUCACAUUGUUGGGCAGGCUAGAAAAGCUGGGCUGGAUUUUUCUACAAUUUGUAGUAAAUUGAUGGAAAAUAGCAAAGUAGAAUAUUGUGGAUUGAGGCACCUCCAGUAUUCAGCUCAUUACUUGCCCUGUUCCUACAUCUUUCUACCCUACUCUUAGAAAUUGAGAGCGAGUUGGCUGCAGUCACACAGGAGGGCCCCUUGGGUUGUAGCCAGGGGGUUGAGGCUGUGGUCAGUUUUUACCCGAUAAAGAUCAAGUUGAUGUAAGCAUCGACAGCACUGAUCGAACAGGCCUGACAUUUGCCCAGUUUGUGUUACUCAGCUUUGACAAUGGGUGAUGCUCACUGGUCUGUUGAAGCCUCACUAAUCUUAACCACAAUGUUUGAAGCCAGAUUUUUACUUAAAUAUCACCUAAAUUUAUUUAACACGGCAUAGACCCUGAAUUUACUGUAGAGUCUAGCUGGACCAUUUGGUUCUGUGCUGCAUGGGAUAGACCCUUAACCCAUUAAACCCUCUGCAAAUUAGCACUUUAUGAAAAAAUGGGAUUUUUCUUUAUAACAAUGUGUUGGGGCCUAUUUCCUGUACUGCACACGAAUCCUGCUACAGAGGGGCAGCAUUCCCAGGACGCUUUGCUUCCUGAAGCUUUAUAAUUGCUGAGGGAGUCAGUGGGAUUCAACAUUUACACAAUCCCUUCACACAGGAUCACAAACUGGUGAAAAUCAAAUAACGGAAGAUGCUGGAAACUUGAAAUAAAAGCUGAAAAUAUUGAAAGCACUCAGAUCAAGCAGCAUCUGUGGAAGGAGAAACAGGACUAGCACUUAAGUUCAAAGACCCUUUGUCAAAAGUGAAAGACUAGUUAGCUCUAAGUUGUAGGGAGGGAUAGGAUUUCCAAGAAUGCCAUCCUUGGAGAAGUUCUGCUGCUCUCCAAUGGGAUUUCUGUUGGUCUCUUUUGUCUUUUUCACUCGCAGUCACCUCUUUCCUUUUUCAUGUUGAUAAAAGCUCACUAACCCCGACUCCGUCCUUCAAAAUGAUUCCCUUUGUCUUGUCUCUCGCUUCCCCCCAACCUCUCUGCGACCUCUCCAGUUCUAACAAAGGGUCUUUGACUUGAAAUGUUAACUCUGUUUCUCCGUCCACAGAGGGGGUGCUGGAGGCAGGUACUCUGGCAAUAUUUAAGAUGAGCCCAUGACACACCAUGGCCGAGAAGGGUAAGGCCCAGUGCUGGGAAACGGAAUUAGUAUGGACAGGCACAAUGGCUGGUAUAGACCUGGUAGGCCGAAGGGCCUGUUUCCUUUCUGUAUGACUGUUUAGAUCAUGCCUGCCCUGUUGGGUGUUUCUAGCAUUUUCUGUCACAAACUGAUGUUGCGAGAUUUAAGGGAAGGUACAGCACGGAACGAGACGUCGCAGUUGUGCAGACAGCCCACUGACCUAUGAAACGUUUUCAGCAGAACGACUGCCUGAAGAGGUGAAUGAGAAAAUUCAAGUUGCAGUAAUAUUUGUCUUUGUUCACAUCUGUGGGUGUUGCUGACAAAAUUAGCUUUUAUUGUCCAUCCCUAAUUUUUAUCAACUAUUUCGAUUAAAUGUUUUAGAAUAUUUUUCAUUGCAAAAUAUGUAAAUAAAUGGUUCACACUGACAA